AUUAAGCUUCACUUGGGUUGCCUCCGGAGAGGCCAGAGGGCGCCAUGGGCCGCUACCGCGUCCGUGUGGUCACUGGGGCCUGGCUCUUCUCCGGAUCCCUCAACCGAGUGGAGCUGUGGCUGGUUGGGGCGCAUCGGGAGGUGAAGCUGGAGCUACCACUGAGGCCCGCACGGGGCAAGGAGGAAGAGUUUGACUUCGAUGUUCCUGAGGACUUGGGGCCACUGCAGUUUGUGAAGCUGCACAAACAGCACACAGUGGUGGACGACGCCUGGUUCUGCAACCUCAUUACAGUUCAGGGGCCCGAAACAAAUGCAGAGGCGGUGUUCCCCUGCUACCGCUGGGUGCAGGGAGACGGAGAACUGAGCCUGCCCGAGGGGACUGCCCGCCUGGCAGGAGACAAUGCCUUGGAUGUCUUCCAGAAGCAUCGAGAAAAGGAACUGAAGGAAAGACAACAGGCCUACUGCUGGGCCACCUGGAAGGAAGGCUUACCCCAGACCAUAGCCGCAGACUGUAAGGACGACCUACCUCUGAAUAUGAGAUUCCAUGAGGAGAAGAGGCUGGACUUUGAAUGGACGCUGAAGGCAGGGGUUCUGGAAAUGGGUCUCAAACGUGUUUACACCCUCCUGAGAAGCUGGAACCGUCUGGAAGACUUUGAUCAGAUCUUCUGGGGCCAGAAGAGUGCCUUGGCUGAGAAGGUUCACCGGUGCUGGCAGGAUGAUGAGCUUUUUGGCUACCAGUUCCUCAAUGGUGCCAACCCCAUGCUGUUGAGACGCUCUACCUCUCUGCCCUCCAGGCUGGUACUGCCCUCAGGGGCAGAGGAGCUCCAAGCGCAGUUGGAAAAAGAACUCCAGAAUGGUUCCCUGUUUGAAGUUGACUUCAUUCUGCUGGAUGGGAUUCCAGCCAACGUGAUCCGGGGAGAGCAGCAGUACCUGGCUGCCCCUCUUGUCAUGCUGAGGAUGGAUCCCAGUGGGAAGCUGCUGCCCAUGGCGAUCCAGAUUCAGCCUCCCAGUCCCAGCUCCCCAGUUCCAACAUUGUUCCUGCCCUCAGAUCCUCCACUGGCCUGGCUCUUGGCUAAGAUAUGGGUCCGAAGUUCAGAUUUCCAACUUCAGGAGCUCCAGUUUCACUUGCUGAACACUCAUCUGGUGGCCGAGGUCAUCGCUGUCGCCACCAUGAGGUGCCUCCCGGGACUGCACCCUAUCUUCAAGCUCCUAGUUCCCCACAUCCGUUACACUAUGGAAAUCAACACACGAAGCCGGACCCAGCUCAUCUCAGAUGGGGGAAUAUUUGAUCAGGUAGUGAGCACAGGUGGAGGGGGCCAUGUUCAGUUGCUCACUCGGGCAAUGGCCCAAAUGACUUACUGUUCCCUCUGUCCUCCUGAUGACCUGGCCACCCGAGGCCUGCUGAGAAUCCCAAGUGCUCUCUAUGCUCAGGACGCAUUACAGCUCUGGAAAGUCACUGCCAGGUACGUGGAGGGGAUGGUCCACCUCUUCUACCAGAGUGAUGAGAUUGUGAGGGGAGACCCAGAGCUGCAGGCCUGGUGUUGGGAGAUCACUGAGGUGGGACUGUGCCAUGCCCAGGACAGAGGUUUCCCUGUCUCCUUCCAGACCCGGGCUCAGCUCUGCCAUUUCCUUACGAUGUGUGUCUUCACAUGCACGUCUCAGCACGCCGCCAUCAACCAGGGCCAGCUGGACUGGUAUGGCUGGGUACCCAACGCUCCGUGUACCAUGAGGAUGCCUCCACCCACCGACAAGGGAGAGGUGACUAUGGAGAUGGUGAUGGGGUCGCUACCUGAUAUUCAGAAGUCCUGUCUUCAAAUGACCAUCACAUGGCAUCUGGGUCGCCUCCAGCCAGACAUGGUACCUCUAGGACAACACAAAGAAAAAUAUUUCUCAGACCCCAGGACCAAAACUGUGCUCAGUCAAUUUCAAGCAGAUCUGGGAAAUUUGGAAAGAGAGAUCAUAGCCCGGAAUGAGCAACUCGACCUGCCCUAUGAAUACCUCAAGCCCAGCCGCAUAGAGAACAGCAUCACCAUCUGAGCCCGAGCUGCCAGCACUCAGAACAAUCCCAUCAGCACCAGGGCUGCCACUGCCCUCUUGAUUCUGUGCCUUUUUACGUCUGCUGCUAAGACUAAUCUCUCCCUCAACUAAACACACUCCACAUCAGUAUUCUGCCACAGGGCACUAGAUGUUCUGCUGUAAAGAGGAAUGGUUUCAUCUCUGUAGGCCAUACACGUUCUACCACUCUUACCCAGCUCUCUCCCUGUACCACUAACGCAGUCACUGACAUUAUGAGUGUGACGAUGUUCCAAUAAAACUGUGUGUGGACACUGAGAUGUGAACCUCACAAGUCACCAGAUAGGAUUUUUGGCUUGUUUUCCUUCAGCCAUUUAUAAGCAAAAACAACGUCUGGUGGUGGUGGUGAUCAGCUUUAAUCCCAGCACUACAGAGACAGAGGUGGGCAGACCUCUGAGUUCAAGGGCAGCCAGAGCUGCUACACAGAGAAAACCUGCCUCAAAAAACAAAACAAAACAAAAACAAGCAAACAGAUGAAGAUAAAAGUGCACAAUUUCAGAUUAGAUCUGGUCUAACCUCAUACAGGCCUCAGGCCAAAAAUUCCAGUUUAAAAAGCAUCCGAGAGGCUGAGGAGAGGAAAAUGAUAUUUCUGGGUGAAAUCAACUAUUACAGCUUAGUCUCUCCUGCCAGGAACCAGCCCUCAUAGUCUAUGGCCAACAUGUAAAUUCCUGACUCUCUUCCUUGACAAUUUCCCCUCCAGCCCUAUUUUUCCAGUUUGAACAAAUACCCUGAAUAUCCCAAAAUAAGGGUGUUACUGGUCCCAAAUAAGAAGCUUUCUCCAAGAGCUUCCUUCUGCAGCAGUCACUAGGAGAAAUGGAAAGCCCUUGUCUCAGGUUGUAACACCCAGUAAUCACUGUGUUUCACAAGUUGUCUUUCACAGCCAUUUGGAGACUAAUAUCCACACAAUAAAUUUUUAAAAUGUCACAAGAUUCUAGUCCAUGACAGUGUUCCUCGGUUUGGUCCUGGAGUCUUGAGAUUAAAAUGUAUUCUCGCAAUCAUUCUGUGACUAUUGUCCUUACUAGCAUGGGUACACCAAUCUCGGUGCAAAGUUUUUAUUCAUUGGUGGCUUUGAGCUUGAACCCCAGCCCUGGAGAGGAGGGAGUGUUCUUUAAACAUCUGAUUACCCUC